UUAAAACGAAACAUCAACUUCACCUACACUUCUUCUCUUUAAAAACAGAGUUUAUAAGGGGCUUGAGCUAUAAGACUUGGUUCAUUCUCUUUACAAGUUCAAUCUCUCUCUCUCUCUCUCUCUCUCUCUCCUUUAUCAACGGAAAAGAUAUGUUGUCUCCUAGAGAAACAAUUCACUACCCUUUCAAAUCCUGGAAAUUCCUGGUUUUUCCUUCUCUCAAAACAAGUGACAUAUUCUCCUUAUUCGUAAAAGCAACUCUUCUUGUUGGCACCGUUGGUUCAAUCUCUCUUCUUUUAUACUCUGUUUUCUCUAACCAAUCUCAGUGGGCGUCUUGUCCGGAAUGCGAUGGUGUUUUACUAUCUGGUCACCGGAAGUUCAACAAGAGUAAUAAUAUUUCUGGUGGUAGCUAUCAAGAAACAAAUAUAUCCCAUAUUUUAUUUGGUAUUGGUGGCUCAUCAAGGACAUGGAAUCGGCGUCGGCACUACUGUGAGCUAUGGUGGAAGCCUGAAAUCACCCGAGGGUAUGUUUGGCUCGACGAGACGCCUCCAGAGACGGAGCCAUGGCCGAAUACUUCCCCUCCUUAUAAAGUCUCAGAGGACACUUCGAGGUUCAAGUACAGCUGUCGGUACGGUUCUCGCUCUUCUCUGCGCAUUGCCCGUAUUAUUAAGGAAAGUUUUGAGCUAGGAUUGGAUAACGUGAGGUGGUUCGUGAUGGGAGAUGAUGAUACAGUAUUUUUUGUGGAGAAUUUAGUGAUGGUAUUAGCAAAAUACGAUCAUAAUCAAAUGUAUUAUAUCGGAGGAAAUUCAGAAAGCGUUGAACAAAACGUGAUACACUCUUAUUCUACAGCUUAUGGGGGUGGUGGAUUUGCUAUUAGUUAUCCUCUAGCAAAGGAGCUCGUCAGGGUUUUGGAUGGGUGCAUUGAUCGAUACUCUUGGUUUUAUGGCUCUGAUCAGAGGAUCCAGGCUUGCAUGAGCGAGAUUGGAAUCCCUCUAACCAAAGAGCUUGGUUUCCACCAGGUUGACAUAAGAGGAAACCCAUAUGGUUUACUAGCCGCACAUCCACUGGCGCCAUUGGUGUCGCUCCACCACCUAGACAAUAUGAACUCAAUAUUUCCAGGCAUGACCCAGAUUGACUCGCUCCAAAAGCUCAUUAAACCUUACAGAUUGGAUCCGGGCCGGACUCUACAAUACAGUUUCUGUUACGAUUUCAACCGUAAUUGGUCAGUAUCAGUUUCUUGGGGCUACACCAUCCAGCUGUAUCCGUCUUUAGUGAAAGCCACGCAGCUGGAUAUGGCGUUUAGAACGUUUCGAACAUGGCGGACUUGGAAGCCUGAGCCCUUCACGUUCAACACCCGACCCAUGAGUCAAGACCCGUGCGAGAGACCGGUUAUAUAUUUCUUGGAUCGGAUUGAGAGUGUUGGGCGAGGUCAGGCCUUGACCACGUAUAAAAGACACGUGGAGAAAGGAAAUGAAAGUUGUGACCGACCGGACUAUGCUUCUCUUCAGGCCGUUCUUUCUGUCAACGUGACAAGUUCCACACUGAACACCGACAUCUUUAAAAUGGCACCACGAAGACAGUGCUGCGAGAUAUUUAACAGCGACAAGGAGGUGGUACAAGUCAAGAUUAGAGGCUGCAAUCAAUUUGAAAGCGUCACUCCUCCAUAGAAUAUUGAGCACAAAAUUUACCUAAAUGCGUCAUUCCCUUUCACUUUGUGAUCAUUUUCUUGUGAAUAUUUACAUAGUGUUUCGUUGAAUUUCAUUCAACAAAAUUUUAUAAAAUUUAAUUGAGUUUUAAUUAAAA